AAAGAUGAUGAGACAUGUAUAAUAAUAUUGCAAUUUUAAUGAAGUGUGAAUCAACGUGUUUGUUUUCGUUAAAUAGAAUAAAAUAUUUGAACCUUUUUUACCGUAGUUUAAAAACUUUUUUUCAGAGAAACCAAAACUAUAGAAAAAUUGCAAUAUUCUAAAAUAAACUUAUUUAACACAGGCGAUGGCUACAGACGAUAGCAUGAGCGAUGAUGUAUUCGAAGACGACACGCUUCGUGCGCCGGCGCAGCGAGGUACCCCCUCGCCGACCGGUUACAGGGACUACCAACCUCCAGUAGAAACCCCGGCGAAAACUUACAAUGACGACGAAGUUCCUAUACACAAGACGAUCCUUUUAGGCGACAGUGGCGUUGGUAAGACAUCUCUCCUAGUACAAUUUGAAACAGGAAAAUUUCAAGCUGGCAACUUCUCAGCGACUGUCGGCAUCGGCUUUACGGUGAGUGUGUUUUAUAUUAUGGUUAUGGGAAAUAUUUUAAAAAUUAUGCCAUCUUUUUCUACAAUGAACAUUUAAUUUUAUGAUAUUUUUCAAAAAGAAUUAUGCACUUUUUAGGUACAAUAUAUACGUUACCGCUUAUUUAAUUACACAAAAUAAAAUUGGUUUCAACAAUUUUUCAGUUAAAUUUACAAUAAAAUAUAAACACGUCGGACAUUCGUUAGUACAAAAUUAGGUUCAAAGGUAUUUAAAAAAUAUAAGGUACUGGUGAAAAAGAAAUUUUCACUGUAAACAAAACUGCGCACAAAAAAAAAACACCAUCGCGUAAAUUAACUAAUAAAUCAUCAGAAAAGUUAGCGAAACAAUUAGAACAAAUUGGAAUACUUCAUUGGUUUUCUACGACGCGUUCCCGACUGCGGCGGCGGGGUAAAAGAUUGCCUCAGGGUAGGUAUUCGCAGAAAGAACAAGUUCGGAAUACUUUUUUUAUAUAAAACUAUGUAGCUUUAAUAUUUAAAUAAUAAAACAUGAAAUUGGUAAACAGCCGUUUAAUUUGUUUACGAGCGGUUGUUAAUUCAUUACAUUUCAUUAAUUUUCUUGAUGGAAAAUGCUUGAAUAAUUUCAUGAAAUAUUUAUUAUAAAACUUAAUGUAAAUCAGUGUACAAUAUUCGAUACCAACGCAAUAUAAUAUGGUACGUAAUCAUAUUAUAUACAUAAUGUAAAACAA